CAAAAGGUCACACUAAUUCAAUGCUAAAAAUAUAAAUUUUUAUAAACAUUGCGCACUUAGCUCUAAAAUUAUGAGAUGUGCCGUGCCCAAUUGCCGGAAUGCCUUUGUGAGCAAAUCCAAAAGGGAUCCGGAUCAGCAGCAACAGGUCGGCUUCUUCCGGUUUCCCAAAUGCCCGGAAACAUUCAAACUUUGGCUCGCCUUCUGUGGAUUUACGGAGGACUCCAUGAAGCUGAAGAAUCCGUGCAUUUGUAUAGCACAUUUCAAGGACGAAGACAUCGAGGGAGCCCUUAAGUUCGAGAUGGGCCUGGCCAAAAAGCGAACUCUGCGACCGGGUGCCGUUCCCUGCCUAAACCAGAACCAAGAAAGUCCCUCGGAAAGAGCACGUCAGGAGAGGACGCAGCGGCGCAGGAACCAGAAACUGGUGGCCCAACUUCUGGCGGAGGAUGAGGCCGAGUCCAGUGCUCCAGCGGCGCCAACAUUUGUUAGUCCACAAAGUGAUAAAGUGGAUUUAUCAGAGGCUAUGGCAAUGGAUUUCGAUCCGCUUAUCGGCGAGGAUAAGCUGAAAGAGCUGGAAAAGUGCCGCAUCUGCUACCAGGACUUCGCCGUGGACUCCAGUGCCAAGGAUCUCUUUGACCAGGCCAACAGUGUCCUGCUCUUCCACAUAGAAGUCAUCAGCGGAGUGUGGAUCAGCCCCAAACCAGACGAACCUCAGCUCAUGUGCCCCGCUUGUGUCUUAGCCCUAGACCGGGCCAUCGAUUUUCGGGAGAUGUGCAUCAACACGGAGCUCAGGAUCAGCCAGGCCAAGUCCUUAGCUGAAAUGGAACCAGAUAAAACGCAGAUAGAGGCUCUGCAUGAGGAGCAAGCUACUUCAGAGCCCGAUUUGGCAUCGGAUUCAGAGUACACUAAUGUAGAAGAGAUUGAAGAUCUAGAGGAAGAGCCUGCGGAAGAGGAAGCCCCAUCGGAUGAUCAAUUAAGUGAAGAGCCAGCCACAGAAUCCACUGAGCCCGCCACACAAGAUCCACUUAGUGUGGCUCUGGGCGCCAAGAUUUUCAAGGAACUGAUAGACCAAUACACGGGUCACGAGAGACCCAAAAAAGAGGCACCGUUUGCAAAGAAGCCCAGGAUCAGAAAAACUGCAGUUUGUGAACAGAAGCCAAGGCGCAGAGCCAAUCCCAAGACGAAAGAAGAGAGGAACCUCAUACGACGUGCCCAGCUGCGGGCCAAACCGCCGAAUUUUGUGUGCGACCAGUGCGGCCAGGCCUUCCGCAUGUCCCACAACCUGCAGAUGCACAUGCUCCGGCACAGUCGGAUCAAGAAUUACCAGUGCAGCGAGUGCCCGAAGACCUUCUACGACGCCUACAUGCGCAACAUGCACAUUCGCAUCCGUCACCGUGGCGAAUCGCCCUUUGCAUGCCGCUUCUGCAGCGAAACGUUUGCCUAUGCGGGAGCUCGUCAAAAGCAUGAAAGUGAAGUGCACAAUGCUGCGCCACGUUUGAUUGUGAAGCGAAUCAAUCCUAAGCCUAUGCCCAAGCCUCGAGAGGAUGUACGCUAUCAGUGCAAGCUGUGUCACAAACACUAUGCCUCCAAGUAUGCGCUUGGCUGGCACAUCAAAUCACACACCGAUGCCAACGCCUUCAAGUGCCAGCAGUGCAGCAAGAGCUACUCGGAUCCCAACAAGCUGAAGCGUCAUGAGAUGACACACGAGAAGCGACCGCUGCAGUGCGACAUCUGCUUAAAAGGAUUCUAUCAGCGCACGCGAUUGCGGGAGCACGAGCUCAUCCACACCGGAGAACGUCCCUACUGGUGCGAGGUCUGCAAUGUCCAUUUCCGCUACAAGUACAAUAUGAAGACUCAUGCAAACAGCAAAACACAUCAGGAAAAUGUUCGAAAAUCGGGUCAAGAACCAAUUUUUGAAGACGAAUGAAACGAGAGCUUGUUUUUUAA